ACUAAAACACUCACAAGACUAUUCGAAUUAAGCAGCAAAGAUCUCCCAAAACAGAACCCUAGAAAAUCGAAAUCCAAAACGAAAAUCACAAAAAACCAGGGAGCAAUCCUGUGAUGCGUGUAGCCUUUAAUGAUUUAGAGGAAAAAUGUCAACAAUUGAGACCAAUAUGAGCCAGCCCCAUAAAACCACUAACGCAGCUAGAAAGAUUGAGACGUCAUUUGCAUCAUCGUUCAAAAGAUGGGGUAGAGGCCAUCCUUUUGUCAGAUACGGUCUCCCCAUGAUUUCUCUCACUGUUUUUGGGAGUAUAGGACUUGCUCAUCUCUUGCAAGGCAGGAAGGAUAUUGCUAAGGUGAAAGAUGAUCGAGAAUGGGAGAUUAUUGAGACACAAGGAGCACUAUCUAGAUCUGGACCACCAGGAUCAUACAAUCCUAAAAAGAUGUCAUUGGAAGAGGAGUUAAAGGCUUUGCAAAAGAAAGUGGACAUAACCAACUUUGAGUACAAAAAAAUUCCUAGGCCAAACGAAGGCAAAUCAGGCUAGUCCUGCUAGUUUGAGCUUGUUGCAUGUGUCACUAAAUUGCACUUUAGCUGGAAAGUUCAUGAGAUUUUGUAUUAUUUGUGUAGCAGUAGUGUUUUCUAGUUUUACGAGUGAAACACUUCCAUAUGCCCCUGUUGUUCAGCAAUAAAUAGUGAAUAGAUGUGAUACAAGCAUCCAGUUUUGCCUGAAUAAGUUCAAUGCUCAUAUUUGAUUA